AGUUUUACAGUAGCAAUUGACACAAAUAUUGUAAAAAUAGUUGAUUUUCAAUAUUUUUUUCUCAAAAAGUAUGUGUCUCCAAAUGUUGAAACUUUGAGUGUGUCCUUAUAAUAAUGUAUCCUUUCUGUAAAAAAAAUAUCAACCUCCAACUCAACGGACGUCAAUGGAAAGCUAAGCCCUUUGUUAUCUUGUAGUUGUGACAUCAUAAUCAUACAUAUAGAAAAAAUUACAAAGUGAAUUAUCAUAUUUGUCAUGAUUACCAUGUUUCUCAUAUGUACACAAUAAAAGAAAGAAAAGAAAAUCAAUCAAUGUUAGCACUUAUAUGAGAAUAACAGUGGAAGAUUAGUAUCAUCAAACAAAUUACAAUUCUUACUUACAGCUGUUUCAUAACCCUUCAAAUUUGGUAUAAGAACAGGAUAGUUGACCCCUGGGGUCCUUAUAAUAUUCUUCAUAACUUCCAUGCCAUCACUCAUUUGCUUUACCCAUUUUGGGCUAACAAAACUACAAGUAAUUUAAUUUUGGAAUUAUAACUUGCAAAACAAACAAUUGAUUAUUAAUGUUAAAAAAUAAACAAACCUUGCAGAUUCAAUGUUUCUGAUUCCAGCUGCAGCAAGUUUAUGAAUGAGUUCGAUCUUUAUGUCCGUUGGAACAAACUUAGAUUCAUUUUGCAAACCAUCUCUUGGUCCUACUUCAUAAAUUCUUAUUUCAGGCAAAGUACUCUGUUGGGAAAAAAGAAGAUAGUAUACAAGUCCUAUAAUAAAAUUAUUAUUUAAUUUAUAAGUACUUGUUUUUGUUUUUACGUUUUUGUGUUUUCAUAGUAUUCGAUCAAGACUAAAUAUUGAAGUUUCCAAAAUACAAAAUAGAGUAAACUUAAUUACACUUACAAGUGUCCUUGUUAAAUUGUACACAUUUUGCACUUUUAAUUUAACUAUUCUUCUUAAUAAACACAUAAUGUCACCCCAGUUAGAUUUAUUUUUGAACUAUGUACCACACAAACUAUUAAAGAAAUAAACAUAAAUGAAACUACUGAAACAUGCAAACAAAAUAAAAUGUAAAUAAAGUAUCAAGGUUUACAUUUUAAGCAAAAGUUUUUACAUUACAUACAUCCAAGUCUUAUCGGAAACAGAUAUUUGUUUUUAUUUAAGUAAUGCUUAUCACAUAGAUUACUGUAUAAUGUAAUGUAUAAUAUACAUUGUAUAUUAUAUAAAUACCUUUUCACUUAUCUUAUCACUUCAAAACGUCAAAAAAUAUCAGUGCUGCCAGCGUGGCUUGACUAAAAAGUUACGUUGAUUUUUUUAUUAAGAUUUUUGGCUUGAAUGCUUGUCCUUAAAGCUUAAGUUUACGUUAAAGCAAAGUUACGGUGGCAUGUCUGAAAACCACAGACUACUAAGAGGAUAGAGCCACGGGUGGAAAUCUAUUUACAAAUAUUCCUAGUACUCCUUCUUAAAAGGCCGGCAACGCAUCUGCAAUUCCCUCCCUGGUGUUGCAGUUGUUCAUGGGCGGCGGUAGUCACUUACCAUCAGGUGAGCCGCAUGCUCGUUUGCCCCCUCUCCUAUAAAAAAAAAGCUUUAUAUUACCAUAGUUGCAACUGAGAGAGUAGUUAUCUUGGUGGCCGCGCUUGGCAGACGAGUUGAUUACCUUUUUCCAUUAAUUUUGUACGAGUAAACUCGUACAUUUAUAUAUGUAAGCGUAAUUGGAGCGCCAACUGGUGUUUGACGUCAUUUAAUGCAUCCAGGGGCGUAGCCACCGCCGUAUCAGCUGUAUCAAUGAUACGGGGCCCCCGGACUACAGAGACCCCGAACGUGUGUAAGCGAAAACUCUAAGGACUUCUAUGGGACAAUUUGUUGGUUUGAAUUGUUUGGCUAGCUUAGUUCCUAGGAGUAUUAAAUGUAAGUAAUAACUUACAAUCGAUAUAUAAUUAUUUUAAUUCAGUGCGAGAGUUUAUGUUCCUUUUGUGAAAAAUCUUUACUCUUCAUUAGGGCCACCCGACAAAUUUUGAUACAGGGCCCCUCUAAGGCACCCUACUCCACUGAAUGCAUCGUACAUAUUAUGUUUUCUUUUAUAAUAAAUUCAGUACCAUUCGCAAGGCGUUACAGUUAACAGUGUUUUAUUUUGCAUCCUACAAUCUCAGUAUUCGAGUGGUACUCCUUAACAGCAUUUAAUUUUGUAUUGUACUGCAUUAUAUAUUUGCAUAGUUACGCAUACAUUUUGGUCCUUCGACUACUAUCUUAGUGUUUAGUGUUUUGGUACAGUGGUGAAUCGGUUCGUCUAGUCUCCCACAAGCGGAUCACCACUUGAAUUGAGAAGGCGCAUACAUACUGUGAUGAGGACACGAACGCACUAAGUGGACCCGACGUUUGGAAGUUACAGUUCCAUCAGUGUUUACUUGCAGCUUAUAUAUUCAAUUAAUAAUUUAUCAUCAUGCAAGCCAUACUGCAGAGACAGUUUGAAAGCUUAACACCAAUUUCAAAAUGAUCCGAAGUCAAAAAAACUAAGGAAUACAUAGAGAAGAGAAUCAAAGAUUUGGACACGUGUACUUCAAAGAGAAUAUAAACAAGCACUCCAAACAAUCAACACUGACUUCCACGAGAACGUUAGCCAGCUGGGAGUUAGAAGGAGUUGGAGUGGCUGCGUGGAGCAAUGCGGGCGGCAUAUGGGAAGCCGCUGUUAAAGUUUAAAGUACCAUCUGAAGCUUGUAGUUGGCCAUCAGAAGCUUACCUUCGAAGAAUAUUCAACGCUGCUUACGCAAAUAGAAGCUUGUCUCAACUCAAGGCCUCUAUGUUCUUUAAUUGAAAACCCAGGAGACAUAGAUUACCUUUCACCCACCCACUUUCUUAUCGGCGGUCCUAUUCUGUCUGAACCAGUAUCUGAUAACAGUAUUGAAAACGUAAAAACAAGGUGGCAACUAACUGAGCAGAUAUACAAAGAAUUUUGGAGCGGUGGUCUGCAGAAUAUUUGCAUACAUUACAAACACGAAGCAAGUGGCAUAUACCUCAGAAGAAUAUAGAAUUGGAUAGCAUAGUGGCGAUGAAAGAAGAAUAUUUAACCCCUUCUAACUGGGCCUUAGCAAAGGUCAUCGAUCUGCACCCCGGCAAGGACGGGUAUGUACGCGCUGAAAACUAAGCAGUCCUGAAACGCCCUAUCACGAAGCUUGUCUUUUGCCAGCACUCCCAGACCAUGAUGUAUUUUCUAGAGUGGUGUGUCGUGCCUGGUGUGGUGGUGCUGGGUGUGGUAGUGCUGGGAUUGACGGCGACGGGUAAAGUGCGCGCGAUCGAGGAAGGGUGGGAGGUCCCCUUAAAACUGGGCAGGACAUAUAAUUUUCUUUCUUUACGCGGAAGUAGGCAAAUUAGUUUAUAACAACCCCAUUUCUUGGUUCAGUUUUAGUGUGUAUACCUACUGGUGUUUUUUGUUUCGUGUGGCUUCCAUAACAAAGUGGUUGGUAUCCUGUUGUGUUUAUCUUAAGAAAUUAGGUACGUACUUUUCUUUUCGUCUGUUUGACAUAUUUUGUUGUUGUCCGUUAUUUUAUUGGAAUUUUAAUGCGCACUAAUUUUUUUUUAUUUCUUAGCAAAAUACGAUUUUUUCUAGUUUAUGGUACGAUCACCUAAAAAAAUAAAGUUGGCAACCCUGGUUACUCUAUGCUUUUUAGUUUGUGGUAGGGAUGAAAACAAUUUAAAAAUAAAAUUUUGUACAACUGACUUAAGGAUAACUCAAAACCUAUUGGUCAGACUUAUAUGAGUCUAAUUUAUAUGGGACCACAUGUGAAGCACCAAAUUUCAAAUAAAAAAAGAACAUACACUGGAAUUGAGUACCUUCUCCUUUUUGAAGUAUGUAGAUAACCGCUCAGAUGGUGCUGAUGUAGCGAUUGUGGUCAAAUAUCUCACUGCAAGUUUUCUUUUUAAUUCUAGAUAGGUAGAACCGAUAACAUUGUUCUAAUCGUGCAUUGGAUCGUGUUUAAAAUCAACCAUCGGUUUUUUUUUUAAAACAACCGAUAGAGGAACAGAUAACCAACAACGAUACUAAUAACAAACGAAAUUAGUGACAACUGCGACAUUACACUUGACAUUUGACAGUUAAACUUGAUACCCCAUAAUGAUAUAUUUUUAGUUUAUCGAUGCGUUCAAGCAUUCCGAAUUAUUUAAAAUUUUAAAUAUUUUAGAGGAGAUGUAAGAUUUAGUUGAUAUUCAUUUCGCGGAUUCGCAAGUACCCAAUAAUCGAUUAUGGGUUUAUUGACAUCGAUGUUUCGAUGUUUGACAUGUGGCAACAUCGAUGUUUUCAUUCUUGACAUCGAUGAUCAUCGACCACCCUAGUUUGUGGUUACUUUUUGCCGGUUUGCGUUGCUUCGUAAAGUUAUAAAUCAAUAACAAUCAUUCCUAUUUAAUAAUUUAGAAAUGGGUAUUUAUUUUUUUAUUAUAAUAUGAUGGUACUUAAAAUCUACCAUAUACCAGUAUAAAAUAUAAAUGCUUAAUUUUGUUUCAGCGGUAAAUAGUGCCACGUCCUUCGUGUUAUCCAGCAUUCUUACCCUUUUGAUAUUUUCAGGGAUGCAAAUGUAUAAGCCUAUUCUAAUAAAAUCACCUAUAACAAUUAUAUUUGGAGGCUACCUUGGAUCACUUAUGUUUAUGUUUAUUGUGACAGCAGUUGGAAAUCUAGAAGCUACUUUGUUUGGUAAGAAUUUUCAACUGAAACUUCCAGAAAUUAUUUUAUCAAUGGCAAUAUCACUCAUUGCAGCCGGCAUGGUACAUAGGAUUUGUUUUACAACAUGUUUGAUAUUUUCUCUUAUAACUAUCUACUACAUGAACAAGCUGUCACAGAAAACAUAUGUUGCUGCAGUUCCUGCUGCUGCUCCUGUAAAAUCUCGCAGACAUAAAUAAAUAAAUAAUUUUUAAGUUUUAUACAUAAUAAUAUUGCGAUUUAAUAAAUUUAUUCUUUCAU